UAUUUCUGUUACAGCAGUUCUAGAUAACUGAGACAGAAUUUGGUACCAAAAGAGUAGAGUACUACUGUAACAGAUACCUAAAAUGUGGAAGCGGUUUUGAAACUGUGAAUGGAUAGAGGACUUGGAAGGAAGUGAGGGGAACUGUUAACAGCAGAGAAGGUACAGAUGGUGAGAAGUAGCAACAGAGGAUCAGCAGAACAGAGGACCAGCAGCAGUAGAACCAGGAGACCAGAGCCAGACAGCGCUGGAGCAGACCUACGGAGGGAGAGAGUUGAGUGCCAUUGCACAGGGAGCUUUCUAGCAGAGUGGAGUGCCUCCAGGCAUUUAUUGGUGGAGCUACUGAGCUUUGGAACAAUUGCCUCUGCAGAACAGAUGCGGGCAAAGGUCCAAGGGCCAAGAGGCUAAGAAAUCAGGAAGCAGAAACUGAAGAGACAAGGAACAGAAGAAGCUGAGCUGCCUCAGUCUAAAAAGGGUUCUCAAUUGCAAAGUAACAGCAGAGCCACUCAGGGAAGACAGUAAAUGUCCCUGAGGGCUCAUCUCCUCUAACAACUCGGAGUGGCUCUGGGAUGGCCAGCAGACAGAGGGUCCAGAAGUUGGAUAGAAUGGGAAGAACAGGGCUCUGGAGGUGGCCAUGGCUGCUGCUGCUGCUGCUCUAUGUCUCAGAGUUCCAAGCAGUAACCAUUAUGGAGGAGAAAGUGUGCCUAAUAGAAGGAAACAACCUAACUGAGAUCUGUCCUUACAACAUCAUGAAGUAUGCCUCCAGCCUGAAGGCCUGGCAGAGGGUGAGAAGCCAAGGCCCCCCUGAGACACUAGUGCGCACGGAGACCAGAAACACAGAAGUAAACCGAGCCCAGAUGGGGAGGUACCUGCUGGAGGAUUUUCCCACGGAAGCUGUAGUGAAGGUCACCAUGGUAGGGCUGCAGAAGCAGGAUGAGGGGCUGUACCAGUGUGUGAUUGACCUCUCUCCGCAGGAUCCCGUCAUCCUGCAUGAUCGGAUUCGGCUGGUUCACUGUGAUGAUCCUUCAGGUACUGCUGGUUUGGACAAGAAUUCCAUCCAGACUUUAAAGGAGACAACAACCCUUGCUUUGACCACGACCACAACUCUGAGAACGCCCCUUCCCAAGCUCAGGACUAUGACCCAACCACUGCCCACAUCAACUGCCAUCGUCUCCUCUAAGGGUCUCAAAGUCAACUUCACAAAUGUGGGGGAUGUCACCAGGGUCUCCGUGUUCAGCAUUAUCGUUCCUGUGCUGUGUGGAAUCCUGAGCAAGAGUCUGGUCUUCACUGUCCUGCUUUUUGUCACACAGAGGUCAGCUGCAAGCUAGCUCCAUGAACCAAUGAGAAUGAUUUCUGACCUCCAUUAACAUACACCUGGCAGUUGUGCCUGAAGAGUAUUAUGGAUUGAGGAUGUGGGUGGAGUGGGGGACAAGGACAUGAAAUGAACCUGUAAUCACAGGUUAUUUCUCAGAUCCAGGAUACUACCGUCCGGACCCUGCCUAUGCCCUAAUUUCACUGCAAAUUUGGAUGUGUGCUGUGCCCUCUCCAAAGAGUAGGGGCACCCCAGCUAUGCUCUGGCCCUUCAUUCCACUGGUGGCUCAGUGUUUGCACUAAAUAAAGACAGAGUCCAAUGCC